AUGGCGCACAGGGCUUCCCUCGGGAUAUUGCAGGCCAACCUGAAUCACUGCCGCCGGGCGCAGGACCUCAUGGUCUACUGCCUGGCGGAGUGGCCGGUGGGCCUAGCGGUGGCCUCAGAGCCCUACCGAGUCCCCGACCAUCCACACUGGAUCGGGGACGAGGAGGGCCUCGAGGCGGUGUGGUACCAUCGCCACUCGGCGACUGUUCCCCCCUGUACUGUGGUCGAACGGGGCAGGGGGAUGGUUUUGGUGAAAUGGGGAAGGUUCCUACUCCCUGGAUGCUACAAUUCACCCAAUUGUAGUGCUGCCGAACUCGAGAGGUUUUUGGACCGGCUGGGGGCUAUGUUAGUCCCCUACAUGGCCGGUCCGGUGCUGGUUCUCGGGGACCUCAAUGCGAGGUCCACCGCGUGGGGUAACCCGGGGACCAGCUCCCGAGGCGGAGCGCUACAGGAUUGGGCGGAGGGGAUGGAGCUCCGGUUAUUAAACCGGGGCUCCGUACCAACGUGCGUGAGGAGGAACGGCUGGUCCAUCGUGAACGUAUCGUUUGCGUCAGCCGCCGCCUCUUGCUGUGUGUCCAACUGGCGGGUCUGGGAUGGUGAAACUUUGUCGGACCACUGCUAUGUCCUUAUGGACGUGGCAGUGGUCUCGGACCCGCCAGCGGACACCCCCCUCCGACGUGGCAUCCCUUCAGCGUCAAGAUGCACGCUGAAGCGACUAGGCGAGGAUUUGCUGAGGGCCGUGAUUAUCGGCUCCGCCUGGCCUCUGGCCAGGGAGCGCGGGGCAGAAGAGGGGGUUGUGUGGAUCCAGGACACGUUGCAAAUGAGGGUUGGGACGCGCCCCGAGUCCGACCAUUCAGUGGUCGGACGAAUUCCGGAUCACGGAGGUGGAGUUGUCCAAGGCCAUACGGGGACUCCGGGCUAA